UCCACACACUAACUUGGAGCUGCAGUGUAAUCUUCUGCUCCUGCACCAGCUGUUGUAAGCUCCACGCCAGCAACUGGAGAACUCCCUCGCUGGACACUUUCCUUCAGUGCUGCACACUCAGAAGAACUCCUGAUUGCAGUAAAAAUGAACACCUCUACAAUGGAAGUCAUUCCUCUGUUUUCCAACGGGUCCUUUGAGAGCUGCGGUGGGGAGACGACCAUAGAGAACCUGCUUUUUGGGGGAUACUACGUCCUGGUCUUUCUCCUGGCAUUGAAUGGAAAUGGUGUGGCUCUCUGGAUCUUCUCCCGCCAGCGUGGGACUUCUUCCCCAGCCAACGUCUUUCUCUUACACCUAGCCAUAGCGGACAUCUCAUACGUGAUCAUCCUACCCCUGCGAGCGACCUACCACCUGACUGGGGGGCACUGGCCCUUUGGGGAAGUGCCUUGCAGAUUGGCGGGCUUCCUGUUUUAUGUCAACAUGUACGCCAGUCUCUACUUUCUGGCUUGCGUGGCCGGAGACCGCUACCUUGCCGUGGUCCAUGCGGUGCGGUCACUGAAGGUCCGCCGCGCCCGCUACGCACACGCCAUCAGCUUCUCCCUCUGGGCCCUGGUGAUCAUCUCCAUGGUGCCCCUCCUGGUCAGCCAGCAGACCUCCGAGGUGGACGGGGUGACCGUGUGCUCGCAGCUGUACCGCGAAAAGGCCUCCCGCCGGGCGCUGGUCUCCUUGGCAGUGGCCUUCACCCCGCCCUUCCUGGCCACCCUCACCUUCUACCUGCUCAUCAUCCAGAGCCUCCACCGGGGCUCCAGGCUUGAGCCGGCUCUCAAGCUGAAGGCCCUGCGCACCAUCGGCCUGGUCCUGCUCAUCUACGUGGUCUGCUUCCUGCCCUACCACGCCAGCCGCGCCAUCUUCAUCCUGGGCUACGGCCACCCGGGUGUCUCCUGCCAGGCCAGGCGCGGCCUCAUGCUGGCCAACCGCCUGACCUCUUCACUCACCUGUCUGAACGGAGCCCUGGAUCCGCUUGUGUACCUCUUCGGAGCGGAGAAGUUCAGGGACAGCCUACAGAGGCUCUUAUGCAGAGAUAAAGCAGGGAGCUCCGGCGCCACUAGCGGGGAGUUGAAGGGAACCCACGAGAGCUCUGUCAGUGCCAGGUCUGAGUUCUGAAGAGAAAAAGCUCACUGGGCCUUCGUCACAACCGCUUUUAGAAGAGCUGCCAUAUUUGUGCAAUUCAUCCUUCCAAAACAAAAAGCUCUGCUAUCUCUGCUUACAACUACAGACACGAGUAGAAUUAGUUACUUUGAUUUCCCCUAUGGAGUUAAAAUUUUUCCCGGUCAAAAUGUAUUGCAUGUUUUUGUCAGGCGUGGCAAGUUGGUGUAACUGCCUUUCCUUUUAAACCAAAAAUAAAGUGCUUGCGAUGGUGAAUGGAGAACUCGGAGCAUCGUUAGCGCAUCUAUUAGCAUCACUAUGGAUUAGCAUGUUAGCAUGACAACAUGAAUAUUUAUAUAUAAGCAUUUAUAUUUAAUGUUUAUAAUUCAGCAUUCAUUAUGAUCAUCUUUUAUCUGCUUGGGUAUUUUUAUUUUGAACUUCAGGUGCAGCUUUGGGGCUUAGUGGUGUAAAUAUUUAUGUCACCCAGGGCCAGCUAACAAUUUGGUUCUUGGAACAUUCCUGAAACAUUAUGAAAAUAAGAGUAAACAUUCCCAGCACGUACAGUUGUCCUGUUUGCUGGAUGACCCUGGAAAGUUAUCUUGAAAUUACAAGAAACAUUUCAAAAACAUCCUUAGGACAUUAUAUUCAGUUUUGUUUAAAAAAAAUUAUCUGGGAAAAUCUGAAUGAGAAAUAAUCUGUGAGUGGUCAUUCAUGUUCAUUUUAUUUGUGAUGUAGGUAGACUAACCAAAUCUGCAAUUUCAAAACUUUCUGUUGGCCAUUUUUGAAAUGUACUUUACAUAGCUCCCAGUGUAUUUUUUCAUUACUAAAUGAUAACCAGCCAUACAUGUUACCAGUGAGUUUGAAUGUGUCAUACCUGGAACUGUUCUUUUUUUUUUUACUUACUUACUUACAACAAUAAGAAAAGUUCUCAUUGUUGUAUUAUCUUGACAACCAAAUCCAACUGGAAUCUUCCUCAACGUGCUGGAAACGUUUUGGGUUAGCUGGGGCAAAACAUUGUAACAUUAUAAUAAAACAACACCCUAAGAAACAGGAAUAAUACCUACAGUUGCUCUUGUCAGUAGAUUGCUGUACAUAUUAUUUCAAAUUCAAUGUGUUUUCUAUAACAUUCUCUUACACGUUGUUGACAUAUUGAGAUAUUUAAUCAUAUACUGUAGCACUAUACGUCCUAACACAGGGAAAUGCUAUGCUGUGCUAUACUAUGCUAUACUAUGCUGGCUAUAAUGCAUUUUAUAUAUCCUAAGAUAUUAGCUGCAAUACCAUUGUAUAUCAGUCCUUCACUGUCCUCAUCCAGUUAUAUGAGAAUUUUAACAGUACAUUGGUUUAGAGUGUUACACAUGUUAUGAUACUGCAAGGUACAGUAUGGCCAUGGGCUUGUUUCCAUAUUUGUCCUAUUAUUUAUUCAACUCCCAGUGCCUUCCUUUAAUGUAUUGUAAAUCAUUAAACUGUAUUUAAGAAAUAA